GGCAAAUGAAUAAAUAACUGAGGAAGAAACCCCUGACAGCUUGUUUCUUAAGGAUGCAGCAAAAAUCAAUACAGUUGAUCAUUGCUCAACAAAGUCGACUGAAGAAGCAAAAACAGAGCAAUCAUGUCGUCGACGAAUAGACCCCAUUGCCAUACUCCCUCCUUCCUUCAACUCCAAGCAACACAGUCGCUCCCACAGUAUCCCCUCUCCCCCACUGAUUUCAAUUCACCAUCCUCUCAAAUCCCACCUUGAAAUCACAGUGACAAUACAAUCCCAACCGCCAUUAUACCCCUCUUUUCCAUAUUCAGCUAACUGCAAUAAUGCUUACAUUACACCAAAUUCAAAAAGACAUUCCCCACGACCACCAUAAAAUCCCCCCCAUCCCAAACUCUUCUUCUCUCACACAAUUCGUCGAACACCUCGCCAGCAACAUCAACAACAACAAUGGCGCCACAAAAGCUCCUCCCUUUCUCCCUCCUCAUCAUCUCACUCCUUCUCCACACCUCCUCCGCCCAAUCCCCCGCCGCCGCGCCGGCCCCGGCUGGACCAGUCAACAUAACCAAGAUUCUGGAAAAGGCAGGGCAGUUCAGCGUCUUCAUCAGGCUUAUCAAGGCAACCCGAGAAGACCUGACGCUGAACGGCCAGCUCAACAACUCCAACAACGCCAUCACCAUCUUCGCCCCCAGCGACAGCGCGUUCACCACCCUGAAAUCGGGGACCCUCAACGCCCUGAACGACCAGGAGAAAUCGGAGCUCGUUCAAUUCCACAUCGUCCCAAUGUACCUUUCUUCCUCCACUUUCCAGACCGUCAGCAACCCGGUCACCACCCAGGCCGGGACCGGAAACCGGCUGGCACUCAACGUGACCACGUCGGGGAAUUCGGUCAACAUAACGACCGGACUGACCAAUACGAGUGUUUCGGGGACGGUUUACACGGACGGGCAGCUGGCGGUUUACCAGGUCGACAAGGUGCUGCAGCCUCUGGAUCUGUUCACGCCGAAGCCGCCGGCUCCGGCGCCGGCGCCGGAGAAGGCGAAGAAGAAGAAGGGGGGAGAGGGUGAUGCGGACAGCCCGGCCGGAGUGGCAAAGGAUGCAUCGGACGGUGGGGAGAGGGAGAGGUUUAUGGCGGGGAACAGGGUGGUGGUGUUUGUGGUUGGGCUGGCGGCGGCGGCGGUGGCGUUGUGACACAAGCGGGUGCUGAUGAAGGAAGUUGGGGUUGGUUCGGUUUUCCAGUGGUUCAUGGGUUGGAUGGCUUGGUAUGAAUAGGCCGGACCGCUGUUUUCUUUUUCUAUCUUGUGGGGGGACUUUUCGGAAACCAAUUGUAUUAUUUGUGGUCAGGUUUUGUUUUCUUUGCUUUGUUUCAUUUCAUGUGCGGAAUUUCGUUACCGUUUUGGGAAAUGUCAUCUUUCUACAGGGUGAAGUUUUGGGUUGGGAUCGGUUUGUUCAGAUGGUUCAUUUUUCGGUUAUGUAAUCUGGUAAAAUCUUUACUUUGUUUUUCUUAUUGGAACAACUUGAAUCUAUUUGUUAUGAGGAAAAGAAAGUUGUAUGCGUUUAGCUUGGACGGUCAAACGCGUUCACUAACGGUUAACAUGUCACGUUACCAUCAAGUCAACACCUAUCACUUAAAAAAAAUUGCCCCGGAAAUUUUCCGCCCGAAUCGGUGUUGAAUAGACUUAUUCAUUCCUAAAGAAUACCCUCAGGCUGAAUCUGUGAUCUGCAGCCUUCAAAAUCUAAGGAAAAUGGUCUUCCAAAAAAAUGGCCAACAAAUUACGAAAAUGCCAUCCGGAAAUAUUCGACCAAAUUCCCGCCCAAUCGGCCAUUACUAGACUUCAUCGUUGGUGUAGAGUACCCUAAGACCGAAUCUGUGAUUUAACGCAUUCAAAUUCCAAGAAAAAUGGCAUUUCCAAAAAAUCGCCCGAAAUCGAUGAUGGUAGCCCUUUGGAAUCUGGCAAAAAUUGCCUCGGAGAUUUUCCGCCCGAGUAUAUGUUGAAUAGACUUAUUCAUCCCUAAAGAAUACCCUCAGGCUUAAUCGGUGAUCUGCGGCCUUCAAAAUAUAUGGAAAAUGGCCUUUCCAAAAAAGCGUCCGAAAUCCCUAAAGAAUACCCUUAGGCUGAAUCCGUGAUCUGCGUCCUUCAAAAUCUAAGGAAAAUGGUCGUCCUAAAAAAUUGCCUAAAAAUUACAAAAAUGCCCUCCGUAAAAAUUCAACCAAAUUCCCUCCCAAUUGGCCAUUACUAGACUUCAUCGUUGGUGGAGAGUACCCUAAGCCCGAAUCUAUAAUUUAUCGCCUUCAAAAUCCAAAGAAAAAUGGCAUUUCCAAAAAAUCGCACGAAAUCGGUGAUGGUGCCCCUUUGGAAUCUCGCAAAAAUUGCCCCGGAGAUUUUCCGCCCGAGUAGAUGUUGAAUAGACUUAUUCAUCCCUAAAUAAUACCCUCAGGCUUAAUCCGUGAUCUGCACCCUUGAAAAUAUAUGGAAAAUAGCCUUCCGAAAAAAUAGCCUAAAAAUUACGAAAAUGUCCUCCGGAAAAAUUCGACCAAAUUCGCGCCCCAAUCGGCAAUUGCAAGACUUCAUCGUUGGUGGAGAGUACCCUAAGCCCGAAUCUGUGGUUUAUCGCCUUCAAAAUCCGAGGAAAAUGGUAUUUCCAAAAAAGCGCCUGAAAUUAGUGAUGGUACCCCUUUGGAAUCUGGCAAAAAUUUCCCCAAAAUUUUUUCGCCCGAAUCGGUGUUGAAUAGACUUAUUAAUCCCUAAAGAAUACCCUCAGACUGAAUCCGUGAUCUGCAUCCUUCAAAAUCUAAGGAAAAUGGUCGUCCUAAAAAAUCGCCUAAAAAUUACGAAAAUGCCCUCCGUAAAAAUUCAACCAAAUUCCCUCCCAAUUGGCCAUUACUAGACUUCAUCGUUGGUGGAGAGUACCCUAAGCCCGAAUCUGUGAUUUAUCGCCUUCAAAAUCCAAAGAAAAUGGCCUUUCCAAAAAAUCGCCCGAAAUCGGUGAUGGUGCCCCUUUGGAAUCUGGCAAAAAUUGCCCCGGAGAUUUUCCGCCCGAGUAGAUGUUGAAUAGACUUAUUCAUCCCUAAAGAAUACCCUCAGGCUUAAUCAGUGAUCUGCAGCCUUCAAAAUAUAUGGAAAAUGGCCUUCCGAAAAAAUCGCUUAAAAAUUA